AUGGUGCCACUGUGGUCUGCAGCUCUGGUGAUAGGACUGGUGGCAGUAGCAAAGCUGAUGCAACGCCAAUACAAAUACUUGAGUCAGCUUGGUGGUUUCCUCCCAGUUGCUGGAAUCCUGGCUAUUGCUGCUUGCAUCGCAGAAAACUCGUGCAUCUCUUGGUACAAGUACUAUGAGUACUCGGCAGAAUGGGGGCUUUUCUUGGGCUACGUUCCGCUUCACGUGGUGUUGAUUUGGCCUCUCUUUAUUCUCGGUGAACAUCGAUACCUCCGGUCGCUUUGCUCCAAGAAUUUGUUGCUCAGAGCCGGAUUUUGCUUCAUUGAUACAGCUUUGUUGGCAAAUCUGGUGGAGAUAUACUGUGUGUCAGCUGGUUUGUGGUCUUGGAAGGAAAGCAACUGCUUGGGUGUACCAUUCUUCGGCAUUCUUGGUUGGGCCCUAUUUGCUACACCCGCUGUUUUGGUGUUGACCAUCUUGGAAGCUGAACCUUUAGAGUUGCUCAACAGGCUCCGGCGGCCUAUGGUCUACACCCAAAACAGAUGCCUACAUCCCUUGCUUCUAUCAAUACCUUUCCUGUGCAUGGUAGUGCUUCACUUGGGACUCUUUCUGCUUUGGAAUCUGGGAAAGAAGCUCUCCACGUGGGAACUUUCCGCUUCCAAUGCUGCUGUGGGCAUUAGCAUCAUACAGCUGCUGUACCACUGCGCCACGAAGCACCUGAGCCAAAGCAAUCUUCGGAUUGCAGAUGAAGUUCCACGGUUGUUGGCUUGUGGAAUUGAAGCUGACAAGGUCUCGGCAGGCUCAACUUGUGCAAAGAUUUGCAGCUCCGAACGAGAAAAGUUGAUGCGGUUGGACUUGCGAUAUCUUGAGAUGCUUUGUGCGGUGGCAUGUCGCGCCAUCUGCAAGUCUGAAGCUCUCAGGAUGCUGACGAGAAUGACAGCAGACGAUGUAUGGCCUCGAGCUUGCUGUCCGAAGUGCACGAAGUGCACGAAGUGUGGAGACUUCUCCAUUCAAAUUGUCCGAGUCUCUGGAGAAGUUGCAGCAGAAGUUGCCAGAGACUCUGGUGCAGCUUGGCGCAUCGACGUUGUCGACGUCGACAGUCGCAGAGAAUCCAUGACGAUGCCGGUUUCGUCCACGGCGUCCACGGCGUCCACGGCGUCCACGGCGUCCACGUCGUGUCCCGAGAUGGUCCGAGCCAGGCAUGUGAAGCGCUUCCUCGAUGCCAACAGCUCCAGCUCCAGCAGCUCCAGCAGCUCCAGCAGCUACGAUGAUUCGCACAAGCACAAGAACUUGACGUUGAAGAACUUGCUUAUCUUGCUCUAUGGUGAGACCGUCAUUCAAGAUGACAUGGAUUUGAGUGAUCUAGUCAAGGGUGUCUUCCCUAGUCACGGCGGCGAUGAUGUCUUAGUCCUCACUUUGGUUACAGUUCCGUAUGUGAGAGGCUUCGAGCAGCAGUUGUUGAGCUACUCUCGGCGUGGCCAUAUAGCAAAAGUUCAGGAAGUCUACGAAGCACUAGGUUUUCCACAAGAUCCUGAUGUCACAGAUCAGCUGGGAAGGACUCCACUGUACAUGGCGGCAAGCCGAGGCCAUUGGGAAAUCGUGCGUUUGCUUUGCGACAAGAGUGCUUCGUUGGACAAAACAUGCACACAACUUCAAAGGACAGCCUUGUGCGUUGCCGCCAAGCGUGGUCAUUCUAACGUGAUCCAGAUUCUCUGCGAAGCCGGAGCCAACAAAGACUGGCCCGACAUCUGGGGUGCUUCUCCUUUGCUUAAUGCUUGCCGCACUGGUCAUUUUGAAGCUGCCAGACUGCUGUGCAAAGCACGAGCAAAUGUGGAUCAGGCUGACCUUGAAGGUCAGACGCCUUUGUCACUUUGUGAUGUCGAACAGCGACGUCUAUGGGUUGACGGAUUUGAUGCUAUCGAUCAGACAAAGAUUUCUGGUGGACAGAUGGAUCUGAUGGCACAGCCAAACCUUGAAAUCAAUCCGCCACAAGCCCGUGUAGGUACUGUUACUGAUACAGGGUACAAGAAGCGAUGGCUUCGCUGUCGUCGCUAUGCUUUAAGAACUGCUCUUGGAGCGUUUCAGUUUUCACUUGCUGCACAAAGGCAUGCAAGUUGCUCCACGAGGUGCUAAUCA